AUGGUGUGGUCAUGGUGGCCUUUCGGAUUAUCUGGUGAUGAAGCGAACUGUGAUGUGGUGGAAUUCCAAGACGAUGAUGCUCCAGCAGCGCCAAAUUUUGAGCUACUCACUGCUGAGUGGGAGGAACUUCAAAUCGCAGUGGUCCGUGGCUUCCUCGGUACCAAAGAGGUGGAUGAGGUCAUGCAGAUGAAGCAGCAUUUCACGCUGAAGGAAAUCAAUGACCGCGAUGAUGAGUUGGUUUAUAGCCACGAGGUUUGGAGAAUGGAACAUGAACUCAAGGAGGCUUUGCCCCACAUAUAUCACCGCCUAAUGAACCAUUGCAGGGCAUUUGAUGCGGAGCUGUGGCAUGAGAUUGAGAGCGGCGAUCGUUUUUUCCCUGAGAUCGAGUAUAUCGUCUAUGACGUAGCUCGUCUUGGCGAAGCUGGAAAAAUCGAACCGCACACAGACAACCAGUCCCAGGUGACUGUUGUGGUCCUGCUGUCUCACGAGAACGAGUUCCAGGGUGGCCUCAAUCAUUUCGAACCCGGCUUUGACGGUGGAGAGAACCGAACGGCAAGGCUGAAAAGAGGCGAUGCUGUUUUCUUCUAUGGUGAUCAAUGCAUGCACUGGAUAUCGCCAGUGGUUUCGGGACGAAGAGCAAUUCUUCAAAUGGCCACUUGGCAUAUUCAGCAAUUUGUCGUGUUGUGUUGA